UUCCCAAAGUUGAUAUACGUCCACAACAUUUCGAUGCUUUUGUCUUCUUUUCUGCCAUAUAUAUUCCAUAAGAAGAAAACAACUAGAGCUGGACCCGCGCGACCGCGCAUGUGUUAAUUAUAAUUUUUUGUUAUAAAAUGACAUGUUGUUAUGCUAUGAAAUACUAUAUAUAAACAUAAUAUUACAAUUUCACAAAUUAAGACUCCCUCCAUUCUAUAAUAUAACAUGGUUAGGUUGAAUGCAGAAGAAGUUAAUAUGGUUAUUUAUAUGUAACGGGUGAAUUAGUUUAAAAAUAUUUAAAUACAAAUAAUGUGAUUUGUUAAAAAAUUGGUUUGAAUAUUUGUAGAAAAAAAUAAGUAAGACAUAUUAAGUGAAAUCUAAAUAAUAUAUUAGUCAUAUAAUUUUUUUAUCAAUAAGCAUUUGAAAUAAUAACAAUAUAAUAUGAGUUUUGAAUUUAGAUUAAACAAUAUGGUUUUAGAUAAUUAAUAUAAACUAAUGAGAUUAAGUUUUGUAAACACUUUGAAAAUAAAAUGUGUUAUUUAUAUAGGGCCUUUGUUAUUACAAUUUCCAGUUUGGGCCAUAAAAUUAUAAAUCAAUCUAAAGUUGUCGAGAGGCCCAUCUCUCCCCUCCAUUAAUCUUACCGACAACAUUAUUUUGUGACCGUUCAUGUUUCAAAAAAAAAAAAUUCUUAACUUUAAGAAAAGGAAAUUUCUCGAGCUUCGGUUUUCUCUAAUGGCGACGAAGAUGAAAAAGGAGAUUACCGAUGAUGCGUUUCAGUCAACCUUAAAUCGUAACACUCUUACCGUCAAGAAGUUGUGAAUCUGAUGUUUUAUCUUUACGAAUCAAGAUCGAACAUGAAGAAGAUGAAGUGGUGGAUAUGCGUGGUUGGGAAAGCUUUUGUAUGAAAAUAUAUAAUUUUUCGGACACAACCAUAGACACAGAUCUAUAAUCCGCAAGGAAACUCUUUACUUUGAUCCGUUAAAGCAGACUGUAACCUCUGUUCGUCGAUCUACAAAUGUCUCUGCAAAUAAAAAGGAGGUUGGGAAUCGCUCUAUUUGGGGAAAUAUAUAUCAUCUUCUUACAGAGUUUACCUUGAACAUGUGAAGCACCGUCGAGACAUGGUCAUGAUGAACAAAGACAUAAGGAGUUGUCAUAUUAAAAUUCGCAAGGGAUACGGUUCAUAGCGCAAAGACAGAUACAGAAAGUUAAGUUCUCAGUUCAUUUCUUUAAUGGUAAAUAUAACCGGGAACACAUAUUGUAUGUCAUACUUAUCAGUUGUUUUUUUUGUGUCACACUUGUACUCAGGAGUGAAGCUUCAAGUUACAGCUAAGAGGAAGGCUAGAGGAGGUUGGGUCACCUACAAAUGCAUAUGGAUCAUCUACUUACCUGGUUUACUUGAAGAUGUGAAGCACCAUCGGACACAUGAUGAUGAAUCGUGACCAAACACUUAAAGGAGUUCUCAUAUAAGAAAGAAGGGAUACAGUUCAUAGCGCAAAGACAUAUACAGAAAGAUAAGUUCUCAAUUCAUUUCUCAAAUGUUAAACAAACAUGAGAGUUUAGUUUAUAUGUCAAAGUUAUAAGUAGUUAUGUUUUUUGUCACACUUGUAAUGCAACAUUGUUUAUAAUGUUUGAUCGUAACUUCAGUUUAACACAUCUUACUGUACUUAUUUUAUUUCUGAAAUAUUUGAAUAAUAGGAGUGAGGGUUGUCAUCUGCACAUAGAGUAAUGCACAAACUUGCCAAAAAAGAAGUUGAGGACCCUAUCAAGUUGUCUGGAAAACUCACCAGAGCGCUUUACAGGAAGCUGCAGCAUAGCCCUAACACUUGGGGAGCUUAUACCACUUCGAGAGUUGGGUCAGCUAGGUUUCCUGAACGAUACAAGGCGUCCUUCCCGGAUUCAGUGACGGUCGCUGGUUUAGAAGUCUCAGAAGGUGAUUCGGUAUUCGAAGUCUCGUCUGGAGCCAGUACUUCUGAGAAGACUCAGUCACAGAAGAUGCCUAUUCAGCCCUCCUUCCGUUCCAGAGGUAGAUCGACCAAGGCUGCCAGCUCCUCUAGAGGAAGCGACAAGAACCAAGGAGGAUCCUUCCUUGACUCCGUGAAGGAGGUCCUUGAUGAGGGAGGCUCUGCUCCUGCUAAAGAUGUUGGUCCUUCGGAGCCCAGAGUUCAGGAAGUUGGUCUCCCUUCCGAGGUUCCGAUGACGGAAGCUGAUCCUCAAUUGGCGAGGGAUCCCUCAGAAUUUGAGCCUCCGAGGAGCAAGAGGUCCCGGACAGAACAAGUUGACAGACCCUCGAGGUCUUCCUCCUCCUCUUCUAGGGGGGAACCGUUGGCUGGAACUUUGCCCACUCGAAGCCUGGGUCAGUCUUAGAUGACUCAUGGGUUUGGCUACGUUAAUGAGGCAUAUGAAGAGGACUGGAUGUGCUCUCCCCUCGAUCGCCAACCUCUCCAACAAAGAGGAGUAUGUUGACAUUGCCCAUCACAUGGGUCAGCUGGCUGGCGCUAUCAACAGGGCUCAAUUCAAGUUCGAGGAAGCUGUGCACAAUGCCCCCAGUGCUGAGGAAUUAGCUCAGGUCACUGAUCUAGUCAAGGCUACCAAGGCUGAGCUCAAUCAGACUCGGGCUCUGAUCUCGGAACUUCAAGCUGAGGUUAAGAGACUUGGCUCCAAAUGUGAUGCUCAGCAAGGGACGAUCGAGAGCCAGUUGAUUGACCUCCAGGUGAAGAAUAGGAAGAUUGGGGAUUUGGAUGCUGCUCAGAAGAUAGCCGAGUACCAAGUCAAAGAGCUGAUUGCUUCAUCUCAGAGCAUCCAGAAGAACAAAGAAGCUGAGGUCAAGCUAGCCGUCCGGAGAGGUAAGAGGGAGGUAGCUGAUGCCUACAACAAGGUUCUGGUUGCUGUCAAGGAGAAGUUCUCCAAGAAGAAAGAUGAAGUUGAUCUCUUGGUUCAUGCUCAAGAGGUUCAAGCCAACACUGAGCUCCUGAAAGACAUGCUGGAUGGCGAGAUUAAGAGUGCUGAGGAUGAUUACGCUCGUUUGGUAGCUAUGAUGCCAGAAGCUAUUGCUGCGUAUGAGAAGGCUCAGGUCUCGGACUUUUCGAUCAGCAAGCUCCCCCUUCCUCAACUCUCUGAGAGCUCAGCCCCAGUUGAAGCCGCCCCGGGAGAUGGCGACAAGGAGAUGGAGGAAGAGGUUCCUGAAGAGAAGGAUGAUCUGGUUGACAAGGGAGCUGAGAAGAGCUCGGAUGACAAGGAGGUUUAAGAGCUGAGGCUCUUUCAUGUGUUUCUAGGAUUUCCGCCCAAUGGGCUUUCGUUUCUUUUAUUUCUAAGACUUAUAGCCUGAGGAGGCUUUUAAACCUUUGUUUCUGUUAAGGUCUUUUGAACCUUUGUUGGCCUGAGGAGGCCUUUAAACCUUUUAUCUAUCAAGACUUGGUUUUCAGUUUCGUUUUAAGUUUCUCGAUUUGACUUAGUCAUUUUUUGGAUGAACUCGAAUUUGGUUAAGAGUUUCGAUAGGGAAUGUGCUUUGGUUACUAAUUAAGAGGUUUAGUGAAUCCUCCGAAUUAGAUCCCUGAUUUC